CUACUCCCUGUAUCAAAGCCAUCAGCCCAAGUGAAGGAUGGACGACGGGAGGCGCCACUGUGAUCGUCAUAGGAGACAAUUUCUUUGAUGGGUUACAGGUCAUAUUCGGUACCAUGCUGGUCUGGAGUGAGUUGAUCACUCCUCAUGCCAUCCGUGUGCAGACGCCUCCUCGGCACAUCCCUGGUGUUGUGGAAGUCACACUGUCCUACAAAUCCAAGCAGUUCUGCAAAGGGACACCUGGGAGAUUCAUUUACACAGCACUCAACGAACCCACCAUCGACUACGGUUUCCAGAGGUUACAGAAGGUCAUUCCCCGGCACCCUGGCGACCCCGAGCGUUUGCCAAAGGAAGUGAUCCUCAAAAGAGCUGCUGAUCUGGUUGAAGCACUGUACGGGAUGCCACACAACAACCAGGAAAUUAUUCUGAAGAGAGCAGCCGACAUUGCAGAGGCUCUGUACAGUGUCCCUCGCAACCACAACCAACUCCCCGCCCUCGCUAACACCUCCGUCCAUGCAGGGAUGAUGGGCGUGAAUUCCUUCAGCGGACAGCUGGCCGUGAAUGUCUCGGAGGCAUCCCAAGCCACCAAUCAGGGUUUCACCCGCAACUCAAGCAGUGUGUCACCACAUGGGUAUGUGCCGAGCACCACCCCCCAGCAGACCAACUAUAACUCUGUCACCACAAGCAUGAAUGGAUACGGCUCUGCUGCCAUGUCCAAUUUGGGCGGUUCCCCAACUUUCCUGAACGGCUCAGCUGCCAACUCACCCUACGCCAUCGUGCCAUCCAGCCCCACCAUGGCCUCCUCCACAAGCCUCCCCUCCAACUGCAGCAGCUCUUCGGGCAUCUUCUCCUUCUCACCAGCCAACAUGGUCUCAGCCGUGAAACAGAAGAGUGCUUUUGCACCGGUCGUUAGACCCCAGACCUCCCCGCCUCCCACCUGCACCAGCACCAAUGGGAACAGCCUGCAAGCGAUAUCUGGUAUGAUUGUUCCUCCCAUGUGAAAGAAUUGCCUUGAAGAAUUUUAUUAAUGAAGAAGUUGGAUUCUACGGUGAGAGAAAUCUGAUACAAGUCCCAGAGUGGAACUUUUAACUCAGGCCUUUUUAAGAGGAAUCACAAUAACUGCAGAUUUUUAAACAAACAAACAAAAAAAAUCACCGACCUUGCAAAUACUGAAAAUGGAAGGCGUCUGCGAGUGCAGGGUGUUGGUUAGAGUUGAAUCCCCCCCAAAUAUUUGGGGGAUAUAUUUAUUCUGUAUUGAUAAAAGCAACUCCACUUUUUCUUUCUCUCUCUCUCUUUUUUUUAAAGCUUAAGUCUGCAAUCAUCUGUCUUUUAUAAACCAUAAAAUUAUACACAAGGGACACUAUAAAUAAGACUCCAUGUUUUAAUUUAUGAUGUUUUUAAAGCUGUGUAAAGGGAGAAUGAAGUGGUGAUAUUUACAAAAAAGUUUAAAAAAAAAGAAAAAAGAAAAAUAAAAAAAGCUUGUAUGGGACAGAAUAGGAAUGCCAGUUAGAUUUUUUUUUCUUUUUUUUAGAAAACUAAGGGUUGGCUUUUGCGCCUUAAAGCAUAUCAAAUGGUAGUUAGUUCAGACCGUACGUUUUCAAUAUCUAAACGGACAUGCCACUUCUUAGCAGUGCAAGCUUACUUCUCUCUUUUCUAUUGCUGUCUUAAGUAACUGUGCAAAUUAAUGCAGCCUGGAAAGUUAAAAAGUGAUGGAAGUGAUUACAUUUUGCCCUUCUGCUCAAAAAAAGUAAAAAAAAUCCAGUGCCUCUAGACAGAUUGUUAGAAACCACAUAUUUAAGCCCAACAUCAUUCUCUCUUUUACUCAUGUCAGCUUCUGAAGCCAAUGCCCUCUUGAGAGCGUGGUGGCUCACACACCGAGAAUGUCCUUGGAGACUUCCUAGAACAGGGUCCAGGCACAGACUUCCCACCUAUGCCCUCCAGAGAUCAAGCCAAAACCUCACAAUUUGCCAUUCAGAAAAUGAAAGUGUAUUCAUCCUAGAAUCCUAAAUGCUGACUUUACACCAAUAGUCCAAAAAUAAAUAAAUAAUAAAAACACAAGUGAGUAGGGGGUCUUUGGCACUCCUAUCUGUGGAGCCUCACCAUUUGUAACAUUACAGGUUAAGUCAACAGGUGAAGUGCUUUGGGGAAAAGGAUAAGAAGGUGGAGAUGUCUAACAGUUUUCUAUUCUGUGGGGCUUUUUGCUCUUAUAUGGGAGGUGUUCUUAAAAAUAAGAAUUAAUAGCUAAGCUAUUAGUGCAAGGCUCUGAGGAUGUGUUUGCCUGAUUUUUUUCUUUGCUGUUGUGUUUUUGUAUGUAGUUAUAAAUACUGUAGAUUUUUUUGUGAUUUUUUUUUUGCCAAAGUUGUUCUAUUUAUACAUUUUAAUGUCUUAACGAUGUUUUUUCAAUCUCACAAAAAGAUUUUACUGCGUAUUUUGCAAAGGAAAAAAAUAGCUCACUACCUUUUGCUGCACAUACUUGCAAAGUUAAUUAAAAGGCUUUUGUUUUCAAGGGGAUUUUGUAAAAUAUCCGUAUAAAUAAUGUAUUUAUCCUUGGAAUUUGUACAUUGCUUUUUCCCCCCUUCCCUCUCUCCUUUCCACCCUCCAGUUUUGUUUUUUUUUUUAUUGUGUAUGUUUGCUAUGUGGAAAGUGCAUAUUUGUUUGGUCACCUAUGGUUGUUGUAGCUGUUUCAAUGUGAUUUUUGAACAUUUCAUUUAUAGUUAUUUUUAGUAUUGUUUUAAACCAUGCUUCAAUUUUUUUUAUUUCCACCCAAAAGCCAUUGUCUAUUUUUGUAUUAUUUGUAAGUUAAGAAGUUUUUUCCAAUAUAUGGCAAAAAAUAGUAGCAUAUUAUUCUUGUAGUAUUUAGUUCUGUAGACUUAAAAAAAAUGUAUCCAUUGCUUUGGAAACUUACAAAAAAAAAAAAAACCCAAUGCUGUUUUACUCUUAAUAUGCAUGGAAACUCUCCCCUUGGAGUUUGCAUUUUGUGCAUUAAAUUUCGGGGGAGAAACUUCAUAGAAAUCACUGAACAUACUUUCUUUCUGAAGUCUGCUUGUAUAUUUCUUCUGUCUUUCACGUAAAUAUAAACCAGCAGAUUGGAUGCCUUAACAAUGCAAAUCAUACUCAUUUCACUUGUACAUUGUAACUGUGCACCAGAACUGUCAGUCAUCACUAACAUUCUAAGAAAAAAGAAAAAAAGGAGAAAAAAAAAAACAAAGAAAUUGAAAAGCACAAAAGAACCGUUUUGUUACCUUAAGACAAUGUAACUUUUUCUAGUAAGAGCAAGAACUCAUUUACGACAGUGCUGCAACCGUGCAUGCUCCCAAUAUGGAUUUUGCAAUGGUUUCACUAGACUGUCAGAGUGCGAUUUUUAUGGGUUGGGGCGGGCAAGGGAGGGAAGGGAGGGAGGAAAGCUGAUUUUUCAUGGUAAGAAAUAAUAAUAAUGAUGACUAAUAAUAAUAAAAAAAAACUGGAAAAUAUUAAGCAAGGUUUAGCAUUGCUUCUCGGUACUCAGAGAGAUUUGUCUGAAUUCGCCUGGUAAGUGCUGGCCUGAAUAUGUAUACAGUUUAAAGCCAUAUUUUGUCUGGUGAGCCCCUUAACUGUUUGCAAAGAAACCAGAGGUCAGCUGGUGAGGUGUCCGGCUGUGACCCUGACAAAAGACGCCACCAAUCUGUUAGCCAUGUGUCGUGGUUAGAACUUCUCUUGAAAGCCCAAAGAGCCUUUAAAAUGUGUAUAAUUUGUGUUUUGUUGCUUGUACUUGUAUUGAUUAGAAAGACAUUCUGACUUCUACCCAAAACUUUCCUAAAUUCCUUUAAAAUACGUCCCCCUAAAUACAGAAUAUGGCUUUAAGAAGAAAAUGAAAUAGAGAAUUAAAUUAAGAGUUCAGUGGGGGAGGAAUUCAGCCUCUGGAUGACUGGAUGGCAUUCUAUGCCCUGACCUCAGCGUGUUAAGGAUGCAGCGUGGUGAAGUCGUCUUUACAUGUAUUAAACGUUCACCUUCUUAUCAAAAAUUUUUGGAAUAGACACACACUGUACAGUUCAAUUGUUAGACAACCUAACUACUGUAGAGAUUGUUAUAAUUUUUUUUUUUUUGCAAAAAUUCAAGCUGUAAAAACUUUUCAACUUUCACAAUAUUUAAUUAAAGUUACUUCCUGUCUGUGAUGGCA